GUAGCAAUGUCACCAAGCUCAUGCUUUCUUGGUCAUAAAAAGGGAAAAUUGAAUAUGCUACAUGGUACUUUGUAACCAUUUCUUUAAGGCCACUUUAAAUGUGCUCUGUGAAACACUCAAUUUCAGAUUUGUGGGCUGAUUACUCCACAGUACUGCGGCACUAUAGAGAACUUUCCCCCCCAACAGGCUGUUGAAUCUAAACGGUUUGAAGUCUGUCGAGCUACAUCUUGUAAAGUAGCCAUGAUUGUCUGUCAGUAGUGAGAAAUAAUUAAUAAUGUACUUUGGUACCAUAUUUUUAACCAUUUUUUAAGAGACAAAAAAAUCAAACGUGAUUUUAAUAAUAUAAAUGGUUCUUUUUUACACUAUUAACCAAUUAAGCUUUUUUAAAUGUACAGGAUCAAGAUGUGUAUGUGAAUGAACUUUUAAUAUAACACUUAUCAAUACAUUUUGAGCCUUUUGUAGUUUGUUUUUGAGGUGUUGUAAUAGUCUGGUGUACCAGGAUAUGGCAGCAUAAUCAAAAUUACUUUGAACUAGAGCUCCAGUGUGUGAGGAGUUGAGCUGUCCAGAAAGGUAGCUUUUCUGGCUACAAAACAUAUUCUUAGAUUUAUCUUGGUGAAUAUUUUCUCCUGAUAAAAAUCUGUCUAAAAUGCAGCAAAGUUAAAUAAAAAAUGCACUGUAUUGCAAUACAGUGACCUGCAAAAUCACCCGAUGACUCAUCCUCAAUGCUGUAUUAAUGCAGUUAUUACAAUGUAUCGGUCUACGUGGAACUGCACGUUUCUCACACAUGAUGACUUCAUUCUGUAAUUUUUCAAUAUUUCACAGGCAAUCAAUGCCUACUUAACAGUGCUCGUGCGGGAAUACAACAGGCGCAAUGCUGAUGAAGCUGCUGUCAUCGCCAGCUUUGCAUUUACUGCAGUCUGGAAGGAGAAAAUGUCAAGACUCCGGGUAUGUAGUGGAUUGUUAAGCAUGUUGAAGGAAUUACUUUGCAAUUACUUCCCCCCAUUUUCAGAUUGAUCCAGUGGCAUAUAAACUGACUGUGGGAAUUGUGAAUUAGCCCCACCACUGGAUGUUGACGGUGAGAUCUUCUUUUCCAUUCACAAGGAGUUCAAAUGUGAAGCUCGCUCCCGCGACACAACACCUGUCCCCCCGCUGCGCGGAGCCAGUCGGAGUGGAGUCUCUGUGGCAGCGCACCGUCGGUCCUCACUAUGAAUUCUGGAUGAACUUCUAACUAUAAAUUAUGACUUUUAACUAUAUUUUUGAUAUUAUUGUUAAAACUCUGUAAACUGGUAGACUAACUGGAAAGCCGCGGACGACGCAGAGCACCUGUUGCUUGUUAAACUUCUGGGGGUUUUUGCUCAUUUUCAGCAGUCGCCUUUUGACAUCUGCAAGUUAAAGAGCAUCUGAAACCACAAAGAAACUGUCUCUGCUUUGCAUCCCAAAGCAUCCCAAGUGAUCCCAAAUACCUGACCAACAGGAGCCUCAGUAGACAAUAAUACAAUAGGAGUCAAGUAAAGUUAUAACUUGGCAGCGACUUACUUUUUGAUUGGAAACCUCUCAGUCUUCUAUUAUCACUGCUGCUCCCUCCACAUGAAACCCACAGCUGAAAGUGUUGGUUUAUCCAAAGGAUGGAGAUACUGGACAGCAUGGGCGAGGAAGGGAUAGAGCUGGAGGAAUCAGUCACCACAGCAGCCAUUAUGAACACCAGCCUAGAUGGUGCCGCAAAUGUCUCCAACAUUACCUUCCCCUACUAUCAGCACUCUCUAUAUGUGGCUGUUGGCUACAUCCUGGCCUACUUCUUUAUCCUCCUUCUGUGUAUGAUUGGGAACAUCCUGGUGUGUCUGAUCGUACUGGAAAACCGCCGCAUGCGCACAGUCACCAACCUCUUCAUCCUCAACCUGGCUAUCAGUGACCUACUGGUGGGCAUCUUCUGCAUCCCUACAACACUGGUGGACAACCUCAUCACUGGUUGGCCCUUUUCCAACACUGUGUGCAAGAUGAGUGGCUUUGUCCAGGGAGUGUCUGUUUCUGCAUCAGUGUUUACCCUGGUGGCCAUUGCUGUUGAAAGGUUUCGCUGUGUAGUGUACCCUCUACAACCCAAGCCGACUGUACUUGUUGCCAAGGCAGCCAUCGUGUUAAUCUGGGUGCUAGCAGUAGUGAUCAUGUGCCCUGCUGCUGUGGCACUGACUGUGGAGAAAGUUCCUUUCCACUACAUAGUGUACAACGAUGACUUCAACCACACAUUCCCCCUGUACGCCUGCUACGAAAACUUUGCCAACCCUCAGAUGAGAAAGGUCUACACUGUGGUUCUGUUUGCUCACAUCUACCUGGUGCCCCUCACUGUCAUCACACUGAUGUACGGAAGCAUCGGGGUCAAACUGUGUUCCUCUGUGGUUGCAAACAGAGAGCCACAGCUGGCCAACGCCACAGUCCAGGUUGGGGGUAGAAGGGGUGGGCAGCCAAUGAUAUCCCAGAAAAAGAUCAAGGUGAUAAAGAUGCUCAUCUUGGUGACUUUGCUUUUCAUGCUGUCCUGGUUGCCACUCUGGACCCUCAUGAUGAUGACGGACUACGCAGGCUUGGACAGGGACCAGCUAGACCUUCUGACCAGCUACAUCUUCCCCUUUGCCCACUGGCUGGCUUUCUCCAACUCCAGCAUCAACCCCAUCAUCUAUGGCUACUACAAUGAGAACUUCAAGAGGGGCUUCCAGGCGGUGUGCAAGUCCAGGCCCUUCUGUUGCCUCUUGCAGUGCCAGCUGUGGAGGAGGAUGGCAAGGUGGGGCAGGAAAGAAAGGUCUGUGCAAGCACCUUGUGGAGGUACUAACCUCAGAGAUGCCACUGGCAAUCACAACCACCUUCUCUUGGGGCUGAGAAAUCGAGUCCAUAACAACAACAAGUUGACUGACACAGCAGAGGUGACUAGGAGUGCGAGGGUGGUUUGUGAGGUGGUCCACUCAGAGAGAAGUCUUUCAGAUCGAGGGUUAGAAAUGAUGGCUGUACAUAAAAAAGGCAGUACUGGUGAGGAGUCAGAGAGGGUUAGUUCACUGGCAGCUUCAGUGCACCAGGCGUGGGAUAACUGAGUGUUCACAAUGCUACUCAGCUAUGAACCAAACAGAGCCAUAGUAUGUUGCAUUAAAGUCCCAAGGAAGAGAAAAUUAAGAAUCAUCUGAUGUACUAUGGUUACUAUUUGGAAUUAUCCUUACACAUUGGGGCACUGACACAGUUUUAAAAAAAUAAUUUAAGUUGUUAACAUAAAGUACUACAAUAAUGUUGCAAGUACUUUGCAAGGUUUGUUCAUUGUCUUCAUAUAAGCCAUGUAUAUGGAGCCCUGGAGUGGCCAUAGAUUAAGAAAAAAAAUUUCGUUCCCACAUUUAGAUUAAUUCAUGCGCACAAGAUACAAUUCGUUCCCCUAGUUCUAGGCAGUGCCUCAUCUUAAACAUAAACACUUAAAAUUGCCCAUGCUCAACCCCAUGAUCUUGGGGUUAUUGUAUUUUUGGACAAUAUUCCCUUACUGUAGAUCAGCAUAACAUUGUACUCACCCCUACCACUGUAGAGACAGCAGACAUGAGUGCUCCAUAUUAGAGUCCAAAGAGGACAAGGAAACGAAAGCAUUGGACAGCUAAGUAAAUCCAACAUGAACUCUACAGCUGAACUCCAAAGUUCUCUGGAGGUCAAAUGUGAACAUUAGAACUACCUAGUAUGUUGAUCGACCUGCACUCAUUUUAUGACAGUCAUGCUUUGCUUAGCAUGUCAGGCAGCUGGCUUUUAACCAUUGAUAGACGUUUGGAUUUUUUUUGCCACUUUAUUUUAAUCAACAGAUCAGUUUCACACAUUAGUAUUUUGAAAGUGUUCUUUAAUUCGUGUGCACGAGAUAAGUGUAGAGAACCAGCACAACAGACUUGCCUUGUUCAUCAGUGUUGAGUAAUGGGAAACGUUAAUUCUGAAGGACUGAGUUAACAGUUUGAGUCAAGCAUAAAGGUUAUAUUGGACCUCAGUGUUAAAUUUAUUCAAAUUAGUGUUAAUUAUAGUCGUAAAGUUACAUAAAAUGAACCUAAAACCAUUUUUAAAAACCAAUUCGUUUAGGUAAGUUAUCUAGUGAAAAUAGAAAUACAUUUCGAGAAUUUUUAAGCUGAUCUAACUGGCUAGAUAAUUUUAUGAUUAACUUUCUCUUGAUGGGCAGUUGCAUUUCUCUGACGAUGCGCUUGAAAAAAGUGAGUCAUCACAAUUUUUUCCUAUACAUUCUAUCAAAUUAUUCUGCCUUUUAUCCCCAUAACAAAAAGGCCAUUGUUGUACAUUCAAGAUCGACCCCUCACUGACCUGUUUAAACAGGAAAUACAUCACAAAGUAAUGAUACCAUUUCAUAGUACAUCUACUUUCUAAUUUCAACUUCAUGCUUCCUUUACCACUCUAUCUACCUAUCUAUCUAUACCUAACUAUCUGCCCUAGAUUAGUCUUGCACAGGUAAGUUGGUAACUUCAGUGGAACUGUAAAGCAAAAACAGUUCUACUAGUUGAUGCCUCUAUAGCAAUGUCAUGAUGAAUAUUGUAAUAUAAUGAAUGAUGUUGCAAUCAGAAAUAUGUUCCUGUCUGUAGUUUGUACGUGUUGCUGACCAACGGCAGCAGUUGCCUGCUACCUACAGGAACAAGAAAAACAAAGGCCAUCAAAAUAGGUGAAAGUUGAAGAGCCGGCUGUCAUAGAGGGGCGAGACGCGAUGUUCAAAUAUAGGGACGACGGCGCGCAUUUUGUCUCCUGGAAGACAGUGUUGAACUUGUUUGUACACACAAAAAUUGGCAUAUAUGUAGUUUUGUAAAGCAUGAAAAAAGAGAGCUUGUAAGAGAAGUUCAAACCCUGCUUACUUUCUCGCCUCCGCACAGCUGGUCAGUCAUUGCGUGAAUGUCAGAUUUUCGGUUUUAUAAAGCAACAGAAAUUGUUGGACCCAUCAAUUUUAAACAUAAAGUUAAGUUUACUCCUCAAGAGGAGUUCUACUCAGCUUGUGAAUUUAAGAACACUAAUGAUGUCAUGCUUGGGCUUGAGACUUCAAAUUUUUAACAGAAAGCCUGCCUUACAAACUCAAGGUUUGAGGUUUGAAAGAAGUGGGCAUUUAGGAGGAAGGGGAGGUCUAAUGAAUGACACUUUCCAGUUGCAUUAUGGGAAGUGUAGGAUCCAGGGGUUUUGGAGCUUGACACAUACUAGGGACUGAAAGUCAGGAUAUCUCAACCUCUGCUGCUUCGGACUUGUGAGUCCCCCAACUUUAUGGAAGUGCAAUACCCCUUUAAACUCAGAAUUGUUUAAAAUCCACAUUUCUGAUUUCAUGCGUUAUAUUAUGUGAUGCUAUUUUGAAUUGAACAACAUCGUUGUGGUGGAAAAAAACACUGACAACCAUAUAAAAAAUCAGUUUGCCUGAUUAAACAGAAUAAUGCAGCGAAUAAUAUAUCAGAAAUAUCGGGAUCUCAAUUCGAUGUGCAGCCUCAGGUCUCAUCUCUGCAGUGCUGUGCCAGUUUGCCAACAUGUGGUAAGCUUGACAUUGGUCAGUGAUAUGUCAAUAUAUACUUCAAUACAGGUUUGCUGUUGUUCACAUGACCGACAUAAAAUGUUCUCAAGAGCCAUAUCUUACUAAAAACAUGUUUUACAGACAAAACAAUUAUCAUGUUUCAUUCACGCAAUGCAAUAACAUGUUCUCAACCGGUUAAUAUCUCAGAAUGCUGUUAUCUGAAAGUAAAUGACUUGUAUCUUUAUGCUCUAAAUCUUUUGCUGUUUCAAGAUAUUGUGUUGCUUAUAGAUUUGAUGUGUUUUGUUUGUGAUUGUGAUAUAAAAAACCCCCCACAAAUGUUAAAUUCUUCACCAAGAUAUUCACAGCUGAAGAAUAGAAUUAAGACAAAGCUAUUUUAUAAGUAAACAAUGUGCAAUGUUUGCAUUCAAGAGUUGUGGUCGACUACAACAAAAACAAGACGCCACCACGUCUACAUAAAAUACUAAUAAAAAUGUAUGUAUCCAAAAAUAUAUGUGCUCUGUACAAAUAUACCUACAAGAGUCACAGCCAAGGAAUUGGACAUAAUAAAAGAAGGGGUUAUCCUUACACAUGGUAAAGUUGGGAUGCUUGUGUCUUGGUGCCAUAUUUAUUGCUAAGCAGUCACUGGUGUGGUGUAACGUGAAUGUGUUCCCAGCUUGUGGCCUUGUCAACAUGUGCAGCAUUGUUAUUGUAUUUUAACAGAGCCUUGAGGAGGCCCAUUACACUCACUACUUUAUAUUUAUUGUUUGUAGGUAAGCUUGUUGUUUACAUGUACAACCAUACGAACGUCUUUCAUUAGAGAAAAUUAAUAACUUUCAUGUGCUCUUUCCAAGUAUUUAAAUUUGCUUUGGAAAUUUGAAGCACUAGUGCAGUGCCCGUUCAAAACGUGCCUGUUUCGGAAUGGGCCGACUACUUGGCCUCCGGUAUUGCUGCUUGCAGCUUUCUCAAUAUCAUCGAUUUGCAGAGCCGGAGAGCCUCCGCAGUUCUAAACCAUGAAUGUAUAAUAAGACCUGGAUACACCACCAGUUUUAUAGUUUAUUGAGGUGUUCCCGAAACAUGAGCCACACCUAAAUUAUUAAUAAUAAUCAUCAUUAUUGUUAUUUCUGCUUCUUUGUUAAAUUACAUUUAAUUGACUGAAUGUAGGCCAAAGACUACACUGCAGACUAACGGACUAAGGUUAUCAGCAUUUGUGGGAGAUGCUGAAAGAAAAGCCCUGCCACUGAAAUCUAACUCGAAGAAGUUUUUCAUCCAGACAGUGAAUGAAUUAAAUAUUUAUCAUUACUAUUGAUCAAAUUCAUGAAUUCAUGCUGAAGCUAGCCAGCUACCCUAAGUUAUAGCUGGUUCCCAGGGCGUUACAAAAGAUAGGCUGACAUUAUUCAUUGAAGGUAGCUAGCUAACGUUAGCUUAAUAACAUUAAGUUAACCACUGCGUAAGGUUAUCAAAACAUUAGCAUUAAAACUCAAAUUAGCUGACGCCUCGUUAGGUAUAAGGGUACAACCAGCGGUGUUGAGAGAGAGGAUUAACCCUAACCCUCUCUGCACGACUCUGGGUGUAGUCACCACCAGGAGUCACUGACUUUCGUACGUCAGUCUGGAACUGCUGGGCUCUCCGGCUCUGCAGGGUGAUGUUUUUCUGCCUUCUGGGCUCUCCGGCUCUGCAGGGUGAUGUUUUUCUGCCUUCUCGAGAGCCGCUCAUCCAAACUACGUCACACUCGACACUACACUUCCUUGGGUCCUCAGCAAUACACCCAAGUGGGAAGUCGAUCGGAUGAAUGGUUCUCGAGAAAAUCGAAGGACAUACACACAGACAGAGAUUCCUUAUAGUCAGAUGCCAGCUCAGGUGUCAUGGAGAAAAGAUGUUUGACGUGCAGUGGGUUGUAAUUUUGUUGUUAUUACUGUUGAAUAUUUUACUGAUAUCAGAAGAGAGUGCUCAACGUUAAUUCUUAUAGUGAAAUGAGUGAGUGUUGCCUGAUGACUCAGGAGAACCAAAACAGAUGUUUGUGGCUUGCAAUGCAAAACCUUGACUUAGUGUAUAUUGUUGUUCUUUAUGCUUUUCUGUGUAACUGUGUUACUGGCUGUAAUACUGGAGUUCUAUGUCUAUUAAUGUACUAGGGUUCUACUUAUAUGGGUUUUUUGAAGGCCAAUUCUAUUAUUGAUAUUUCUGUAUUGAAGCCGUACAUUUUUUGUUCAUAUAUAAUUUUAGCCACAUUUGUGAAAAAAUGCAUUGGAAGAAGGAAAACCUCUGUGUUCAGCUGCAACCUCAAACAAACCAGCAGCAUGUAGUCUUCCUGUCUGUUGUUUAAAGCGAUGGAAGAUGAUGAGCCAGUUUGUCUUCUGACAAAAAUCAUCAUCAAAGUGUGACCGCUGCAACAUUAGUGUAGCCAAUGCUAAUGUCCCAAGCUUAGAGCAGUAGCCAAUGAGUAUCACAGCAGAGGAAGACAUUUUUGCCCACCUAAGUGGAUUAUCUACUAGAUUUAAUAAAUAAAACAAUCAAUGGAUAGAAAUCUAGGCUGUGGUGUGCUGGGUGGCAGACAGCGUGAUGUGUUGCACCAUCACAUGUUGCCCCUCACUCUGCUUUCACAUUAAGUACAAGCAAGGCCAUUAUUUUCAGUUCUCCUGAUGUACAUGAUGAUGAUGUUAUAUGAUAGACCUAUUAAAUAAAAGAACACAUUUAGGCUACAAAAGACGUGCAUUAACAUGUUAACAUAUCCAAUCACGCCACCGAGCCCUUCUGUCCAAACCAACAAAAAAUUCCAAUCCAAUUCCCAGUCCACCCAACCUCUCUGUCCCACUAUAAUCAGUCCACUCAACCUCACUGUCCCAUUAGAACCAGUCCACCCAACCUCUCUGUCCCACUAUAACCAGUCCACUCAACCUCACUGUCCCAUUAGAACCAGUCCACCCAACCUCUCUGUCCCACUAUAACCAGUCCACUCAACCUCACUGUCCCAUUAGAACCAGUCAACCCAACCUCUCUGUCCCACUAUAACCAGUCCACUCAACCUCUCUGUCCCACUAUAACCCGUCCACCCAACCUCUCUGUCCCACAAAGUUUUUAAACAUUUUGAGCUGAAUAAGCACUCUGCAGUCACACCAGGGGUCAUCAAAGCAUCCAACAGAUAACCAUCCAUCCAAUAGUUGUCCAGACAUUUCACUCAAAACCACAAACGCCAACCUCAUGGUGGCACCACAGUAAAGUAAGGGGAUCAUCAGAGUCAGCAGGAUUCAUCUUCUGGGCACCUUGGAUAUCUGUGGCAACCCAUCCAGUAGUUGUUGAGGUAUUUCAGUCUGGGCCAAAGUAAUCGACUGACCGACCAAAUGACAUUUCCAUCCGCUUGUGUGGCUAAAAAUUCUAAUCAUGGCAGAAAAUUUCAGAGAUAUAGAUAUCAGGUAAAAAAUUUAAUAUUGUGAUUGUUUACAUUCCAGUGUAAUCCGUUAGCUACUUUGUAGGGUGGAUCAUUCUUUACGCGAUGGUCUCCAUCCUACGCUCUACCUUGCACUACGCAUGCUUGCAUGUCGGGUGGAAAAGACAGGUAUGGGUGACACUGCUGCAUUUGGUUGUGGGUGUAACUGAGGAGAUGAAGCUAAGUUAUGUGUGACACAAAUAGUGGCUAACCAUUAGCUGCUGCACUGGCAGAUAUUAUUAACUGUAUGCUAUCUUGCCACAUGUUUUGGGGUUGUUCAUGUUUCAGACUGUUAGCAGAAAUCUACAGUGUUCAUGUUUAAUGUGCCCACUGUCUGUGUUGUUUUGUAUGCCUGUUUCCUUUUUCUUUUGUUAUGGUUGCCAAAUAAAUGAUUCACUCAAA